CCCCGUUCUGAAAGAUGGUUACACCCACUCCUGUUGUAGAAUAGACAAGGGCGCUACCACUGUCCGGGCUUGAGGGGAGUCUCCUAUCCGGACGUGACGGCACGUUGACCCGGAAAGGGAGGGAGCCGGGGCAGUGGGGCCUCGGCCGCGGCUAUGGAGGCAGCCGGUUACAGGGUGGUGUUUGAGAAGAAAGGCGUGUACCUGCACACCAGUGCCAAGAAGCACCAAGACCCGGACUCCCUCAUCUCCGGAGUCAUCCGUGUUGUGGAGAAGGACAAUGAUGUCCUCCUGCACUGGGCUCCCAUAGAGGAAGCUGGAGAUUCUACCCAAAUCCUCUUCUCCAAGAAGGACACCAGUGGGGGUGAUCCCUGCACCUCUGAGGAAGAACCGACCUUUGACCCCGGCUAUGAACCCGACUGGGCUGUCAUCAGCACCGUGCGGCCGCGGCCCCAGAACUCAGAGCCCCCCAGAGGGGCAGAGCCCAGCUCCCCCCGGGGCUCCUGGGCCUUCUCGGUGAGUCUGGGGGAGCUCAAGUCCAUCCGCCGGUCCAAGCCGGGCCUCAGCUGGGCCUAUCUGGUCCUGGUGACCCAGGCCGGCGGCUCCCUACCCGCCCUGCACUUCCACCGAGGGGGCACCCGCGCCCUGCUUCGCGUCCUCAGCCGCUACCUGCUGUUGGCCAGCUCCCCGCAGGACUCCCGCCUCUACCUCGUCUUCCCCCACGACUCCUCGGCCCUCUGCAGCUCCUUCCACCACCUGCAGCUCUUCGACCAGGAUAGCUCCAACGUGGUGUCUCGCUUCCUCCAGGAUCCCUACUCCACCACCUUCAGCAGCUUCUCCCGCGUGACCAACUUCUUCCGGGGCGCCCUGCAGCCACACCCAGAGGGGGCCGCCUCCGACCUUCCUCCGGGCCCCGAUGAUGAGCCCGAGCCUGGCUUCGAGGUCAUUUCCUGUGUGGAGCUGGGCCCUCGGCCGGCGGUGGAGCGGGCAUCCCCGGUCACGGAGGAGGAGUGGGCCGGCCACGUGGGCCCCGAGGGCCGUCUGCAGCGGGUCCCUGAGCUGAGAGCCCGGAUAUUCUCGGGGGGUCUGAGCCCCUGCCUGAGGCGGGAGGCCUGGAAGUUCCUCCUGGGGUACCUCAGCUGGGAGGGCUCAGCCGAGGAGCACAAGGCCCACGUGCGAAAGAAAACGGACGAGUAUUUCCGCAUGAAGCUGCAGUGGAAAUCCGUGAGCCCGGAGCAGGAGCGCAGGAACUCACUGCUGCACGGCUACCGCAGCCUCAUCGAGAGAGACGUGAGCCGCACCGACAGGAGCAACAAGUUCUACGAAGGCCCCGAGAACCCGGGGCUGACCCUGCUGAAUGACAUCCUCCUCACCUACUGCAUGUACCACUUCGACCUCGGCUACGUCCAGGGCAUGAGUGACCUCCUCUCCCCGAUCCUCUACGUCAUUCAGAACGAGGUGGAUGCCUUCUGGUGUUUCUGUGGCUUCAUGGAGCUCGUGCACGGGAACUUUGAGGAGAGUCAGGAGACCAUGAAGCGACAACUCGGGCAGCUCCUGCUGCUCCUCCGGGUGCUGGACCCACCGCUCUGUGACUUCCUGGACUCUCAGGACUCUGGCUCACUCUGCUUCUGCUUCCGGUGGCUGCUCAUUUGGUUCAAGAGGGAGUUUCCCUUCCCGGAUGUCCUUCGGCUAUGGGAGGUGCUGUGGACAGGUCUCCCUGGCCCCAACCUGCACCUGCUGGUGGCCUGUGCCAUCCUGGACAUGGAGCGGGACACCCUCAUGCUCUCAGGCUUCGGCUCCAAUGAGAUCCUCAAGCACAUCAACGAGCUGACCAUGAAGCUGAGUGUGGAGGACGUACUGACCCGGGCCGAGGCCCUCUAUCUGCAGUUGAUGGCCUGUGUGGAGCUGCCCCACAACGUGCAGGAGGUCCUGGGGCUCGUACCCCCCGCAGAGCCCCACAGCCCAUCGCCCCCUGUCUCCCCACUGCCGCUGUCGCCCACCCGGGCCCCACCGGCCCCGCCACUCCCCUCGGACGCUGCCCCGCAGCCGGACAGCAGCUUGGAGAUCCUGCCUGAGGAGGAGGAGGAGGAGAGCAGGGACUCCUAAGUCACUGGGCCUAUGGCAGCCUGCCCCAAACAGCACUUUAUCCAGCUCUCAGCCCAUGAUCCUGCCCCUCCCAGAGGCUGGGGGUGGAGUGAGCAAAAAGGGGCGGGGCUCCUGCCGGGCCCGGCCCGCCCGAUUAGCUGGUUUUAUUAACUGACACUCCUAAUUAGCUGGUUUUAUUAACUG